CUUGCCUGGCUGGAGAGCCAAAGCCUGUAGCCCCCCGACGGGGCGGCCGGGGUAGGAGCCUCCCGCCCUGCCCGCCUCUCUAUGGACGCCCGCGGAAGAUGCUCCCCACCCCAGCAGGCUCGAGGAGCCAGGAUGGGGUGCCCUCAUCCUGGGAGAGGGCAGAGGGAUAGCUGAGGGUCCGGGACGGAGGGACUCUCACCGCAGCUGCGCGGAGCGCCUGGUACCCCGCCCCGGACCCGGUCUCGGGCGGAGGCGCUCUCUGCACCGGGGCCGUCCGCCGCAGCCGGGGACGGACAAAGCACCGGGGUCUGCGGCGACCCCGGGCGGCGGCGGCGGGCCAAGUUGGCCAGAGUCGGGGGACGAAGGGGUUCCGCGGGCAAGGCAGCGCGGCACUGACCUGGAUGGUGCAGGUGUACUCGCUGUCGUCCAGCAGCCGCACGGUGCAGCUGUACUCGCGCUCCAGGCUCCUGCUGCUGCCGCUCAUCAACCUGCUCAGCAUCUUCCCGCCCGCCCGCCCGCCCGCCCCCGGGAGAGACGCGGCGGCGCUGCGGACCCCGGACCAGGCGCCCCUCAGCCGGGCAGCUCCUCGCGGGCCCCGGGCACCUGCACCAUCACCCCAGCCGGGUCGCGGCCGCUGCCUCCUGCUGUCCCAGCUCCUCCUUCUUCUCCUCCUCCUUCGCCACCGCCUCCCCCCAGCCCCGAGCAAGCGCCCCGCUCUCUCUCCUCCGCGCCCCACUCCCCAUGCCCAGUUCGUGGGGCGGGGCCUCGGCCGGAGAGGGGCCAAUGGGGGUCAGCGCGGCGGAACCGAGUGGCAGAGAGAAGAGCCAAUCGAGAAGACAAAAGAGACUGAGGUGUGCUCCUUCAGCCGAGUAUGUCAGGAGAUGUCACAUACCCUGAUGUUCUGGGAUACUGAUCUCUCUCCAGCCAAUGAAACUUUCACCAUUGCCUUGGGAUCCAGCAGGAAGAAGCACUGCCUCCUCUUCACCAGGACAUCACAAACCCUGGUUCUUCCCAUCAUAGUCUCCUUAUAGCACAGCUAAGACCAGGGUUAUAUAACAAUAUUAAAAAGGAAGAGCAAUACAGAGUAAACUGCAGGUAUGACAUGGCUACUCUCAAAGCCCUUGUGGACUACAGGCCUGCCUUAUUGUUGAGCUUGCAGCCAGGGUCUAUGUGGCUAAUGACAGCCCCCCUCUCCAUCAAGAGUUCCCCUGACCCUGUCUUGAACAUUCAGGCUCAACCACUCAGAGAAGAAAACAACUCUCCUCACCCAGUUUAAGGUGCAUUUUCAAAGUCCCACCCCCUGUCCCAGUUGCUGCCUUUCCAUAGGAUGACUGACCAUGGGAAUACCUACUCCUUUAGAGGAAACCCCACCUUCCAUCCUGAGGAGUGUGACCUUAACCUUUGACCCAACUGGACUAUCACCUUCAUAACAUAAAAGUCCAAACCCAGCACAUUUCUCACAAAGACUGAGUUAAUCUUUAUAAAUAGGUCUAGGUAGAGCCUCACCAAAGCCAGUCCAGUCCCUUUGCCUAAUUAUUUCUCCAGUAAGCAGUAAGGAUUAUGCCUGUCCUUGUUUGCCUGUAUCUUUUAGAGCUCAGCUUUUGUUCUUCUAAGAGCAAGGGCUGAAACAAGGACAUUCGCAUCUCCACAGAAACAACACAUAUGUGGUCUACAUCCACAGAGAGAAAAGGAACAGUUUUUCUCUUCUGCAUCAAUGUCUGCGGAAGCAAUGCUCCUGCUCCACACACAAAGAUUUGCAUAUCCAAAUGGAGCACUCUGCUUCACAAACUAAAGCAUCUACACUCAAGUUAUAGUUUUCCAAGAGUAAUAAAUGUAUACUUGCUUUAACAUGAAUAGUUAAACAAUCCAUGUAGUUUUUCCAGAGCAGUCUGCCUCUGAAGAAAUGUUCAAGUCUUCUCUUUCAU